CGGAUCGAGGCGGCGGCGGCCGAGGUCGGGCCGGGCGGCGCAACCGGCGCAACUCGCCGCCACCGAGGUAGUGAUGGGCAAGGAGGAGGAGAUUGCUCGUAUCGCCCGGAGGCUGGACAAAAUGGUGACCAGGAAGAACGCGGAAGGAGCCAUGGAUUUGCUGCGGGAGCUGAAAAAUAUGCCUAUUACAUUGCACUUGCUUCAGUCCACUCGUGUUGGGAUGUCUGUCAAUGCUCUGCGGAAGCAGAGUUCAGACGAGGAGCUCAUUGCACUUGCCAAGUCCCUUAUCAAGUCCUGGAAGAAACUCUUGGAUGUUUCUGAUGGCAAAUCCAGGGAUCAAGGGAGGGGCACACCUUUGCCUACAUCUUCCUCAAAGGAUGCCUCAGGGACUACGGAUAUCAGCUGCAAGAAGCCAGACCCACCUAAGACCUCAUCCACUCCAAGGAUCACCACAUUUCCGCAAGUGCCCAUCACCUGUGAUGCUGUACGAAACAAAUGCCGAGAGAUGCUGACUUUGGCUCUGCAAACUGACCAUGACCACUUGGCCGUUGGUGUGAACUGUGAGCAUCUGUCAUCUCAGAUCGAGGAGUGCAUCUUUCUGGAUGUGGGAAACACUGACAUGAAGUACAAGAAUCGUGUUCGGAGCCGAAUCUCUAACCUGAAAGAUGCUAAGAACCCUGGCCUACGGCGGAAUGUCUUGUGUGGUGCCAUUACACCCCAGCAGAUAGCUGUGAUGACAUCAGAGGAGAUGGCCAGUGAUGAGCUGAAGGAGAUCCGCAAGGCCAUGACCAAGGAGGCCAUCCGUGAGCACCAGAUGGCCCGUACAGGUGGCACACAGACUGACCUAUUUACCUGCAACAAGUGCAGGAAGAAGAACUGCACCUACACACAGGUGCAGACCCAUAGCUCCGAUGAGCCCAUGACCACCUAUGUUGUCUGCAACGAGUGUGGGAAUCGAUGGAAGUUCUGCUGAGCCCUUGUACUGACAUAGCCCUGGCCAUGGCUAACACUGUCCCUCCUGCAAUGUUCUUGGUGGACACAGCUUCUCUGGAGAUUCCCUGAGGUGGCAUGCCCUGUUCCAGUCUGCCUGGUGUGCACCUUUCUGUCUUUGUCUCUCAUUAUUAAAUG